GCGUGCGAAGCAAACGUGCCCUGAAUGUCUUAUGUGCUCCGAAAUGAGUAUCUUACCAUAUGCCAUCAGUGCGGGUUACUUUUCGAUGAGUAUUUGUGUGGCUGCAAAACGAGUCCCGCCCUUUUUUCCUGUGGCCGCAAAAUGACCAUUUGAGCCCCGGCCACCUUCCCUUCGCAGCUCCCAUUCGAGAGGGGAUUACAGCAUGGCCGCAACCGCCAGGCAAGCGGCUCUGACCUCUAUCCCUUUCCGUUCCCCUAAAAUGACCGUUAUACCCUUCUCCAGAGCCCAAGACCCCCUAGGAUUGACUAUUAUGCCCCUAUCCGACCCCCUUGCCGUCCUGGGCCGGGCCUCCACUCUUGCCCAAGCCCAACAGGCCCACGCCCACCUCCUCACCACCGGCUUUGCUGUCCGCCCCCUCCUGGCCACCAAGCUCAUCAACCUCUACGCGCGCAAUGCCGCCCUCUCGCAUGCUGCAUUGCUCUUUGAAACCAUCCCGAGACCGGAUGCCUUAGCCUUUGCUUCCCUCGUCUCGGCAUAUACGCGCGCCACCCGUUUCUCCGAUGCCCUCAAAUUAUUUCAUAGAAUGGUAAAAUGUGGCCUCAUCCCUGACCAUUUUGCCCUCCCAAGUGCCCUCAAGGCUUGCGCCGGCCUCCCUGCACCUGAACCCGCUCGCCAGCUCCACUCGCUGUCCAUCACCCUUGGCUUCUCUUGUGACCCCUAUGUGCAAUGCUCUCUUGUCCACACCUAUGUAAAAUGCAAUCAAAUUGGUGAUGCGCGGCUUGUGUUUGAUAGAAUGCGUGAGAAGAAUGUGGUCUCGUGGAGUGCGAUUGUCUCGGGAUAUGCUCGGGGUGGGGACGUGGACGAGGCCAAGAGGCUCUUCAAGGAGAUGCAGGCCCAUGGGGUCGAGCCCAAUGUGGUCUCAUGGAACGGAUUGGUGGCGGGCCUUGCGCAAGCUGGGCUGGCCUCAGAGUCCCUGAGGACCUUUUUGGAAAUGGCCGCAAAUGGUUGUGGCCCUGACGGGACGACGAUCUCUAGCGUACUCCCAGCCAUCGCGGAAUUAGAAGACCUAGUGGGUGGUCGCCAAAUUCAUGGGUACACUAUCAAGCUUGGUUUAGGCUUUGACGUUUGUGUGGUGAGCGCGUUACUAGACAUGUAUGGGACGUGUGGGAAAGCCAAAGAAAUGUUGCAAGCCUUUGAGGACACGCCCACAAAGGAUGUGGGCUCAUUCAAUGCGCUUGUUGCGGGGUUUUCGCGUAAUGGGCUUGUUGACAAGGCAUUACAGGUGUUUCGGGAGAUAGAAGGGCUUGGUAUGGAGCUUAACAUUAUUUCGUGGACCUCAAUGGUGGCUGCAUUGGCCCAAAAUGGUAGAGACCUUGAGGCUCUAGACCUCUUUAGGGAGAUGCAAAUUACAGGCAUUAGCCCGAACUCGGUAACCAUUCCUUGUGUUCUCCCUGCUUGCUCGAAUAUCGCGGCAUUACAGCAUGGGCGUGCAGUGCACGGUUUCUCUAUAAGGAGAAAAAUAAGCUUUGACAUCUAUGUGGGGAGCGCAUUAGUGGACAUGUAUGCGAAGUGUGGGCGAAUAAUGGAAGCUCGCCGUGUCUUUGAUGCCAUGCCAAAGAGAAAUCUGGUGUCUUGGAAUGCGAUAGUUGGUGGUUAUGCAAUGCAUGGUCAAGCCAAAGAUGCUAUCGAGCUCUUUGAUUCCAUGCUUGAAAGAGGUUUCAGGCCCGAUCAUAUAAGCUUCACUUGUGUGCUAUCAGCAUGUAGCCAGGCAGGCUUUUUGGAAGAAGGGUGGAAAUACUUUCACAGUAUGGCUUGCGAGCAUGGGUUUGAGGCUCGAACCGAGCAUUAUGCUUGCAUGGUAAGUCUACUCGGUCGAGCAGGUAGGCUUGAAGAGGCCUACUCACUCAUAACCGAGAUGCCCACUAAGCCUGAUACCUGUGUUUGGGGUGCAUUACUCAACUCAUGUAGGCUUCAUAGGAAUGUGAAGCUCGGAGAGCUAGCUGCUGAACAUCUCUUUGAGCUCGAGCCAAGAAACUCUGGAAAUUAUGUGCUUCUCUCUAACAUUUAUGCGUCAGUUGGGUUAUUGGAUGGGGUGGAUAGAGUGCGAGAGAAAAUGAAGAGGUUGGGUUUGAGGAAGAGCCCUGGUUGUAGCUGGAUUGAGGUCAAGAAUAAGGUGCACCUGCUUUUAGCGGGCGAUAAAUCCCACCCUCAGAUGGCUCAAAUCAUCGAGAAGAUCGAGAGCCUGAGCUUGGAGAUGAAGAAGGCAGGUUGGCUACCAAAAACCGACUUUGUUCUUCAAGAUGUGGAGGAGCAAGACAAGGAGCAAAUUCUUUGUGGCCAUAGUGAGAAGUUGGCGAUUGGGUUCGGUCUCUUGAACACAACUAUUGGAUCGCAGCUUCGGGUUAUAAAGAAUCUUAGAACUUGUGGUGAUUGCCAUUCUGUGAUAAAGUUCAUAUCUAGGUUUGAAUCGAGAGAAAUAUUUGUGAGAGAUACUAACCGGUUCCACCAUUUUAAGGAUGGGGAAUGUUCCUGUGGUGAUUACUGGUGAUUUUGGUUUCAAGGAGAUGGAAGAUACUCUUCACAUUGAAUCAAGCAGUUGGUCCCUUUUAUGGUUCAAAACCAAUGGUUGAAUAUUUGUAAAUUAAGUCAUACAUGCUGUUUAGUUGAUACUCUUCAUAUUGAAUCAAGCAGUUGGCCUCUUGUAUAGUUCAAAUCAAUGAUUGAAUAUAUGUAAAUUAAGUCAUACAUGCUGUUUAGGGGCCAUUGUACAGUGCCACAGUAGGCUGAGAAAUACCCAAAUGAAACUCUGGUUCACGAAUCACGGAAGUAUAAUUUUAUAAUUUGGAAA